UAGGGGUUAAAGUCCCAUUCAGAUGCAUUAUUUUAAAAUUUCGGAUCGGAUUCGGUUUGGUACCUUUCGGGUUCGGAUCGGUUCUGGGUGUUCGAAGGUUUUGAUCUCCUUUACUCAACAACAUUUAGUGGUAUACGGGUUAUAAAACAGAACAACCGAAAAGGCCACCGACGAUGAAGGAAGACAUGGAGAAGAUGGUGGCGGUAGGGCUCCUAUGGGGAGCCACCAAUGCUCUGAUCCGCCGCGGUGCUCUCGCCUGGGAUAAUAGAAAGUCUUCUUUGACAACAGAAUCUCCUCCUCCUCCUCCUCUUCAGAUCCGCCGCAAAAUCAUGAUUGCUCUCCGCGACUGGAUCAAUCUCCUCCUCUUCUGGCAAUACUCGAUUCCUUUCCUCAUCAACCUCUCCGCCUCCGCCACAUUCUUCGCCCUUCUCAGUCACGCUCCUAUCUCUAUUGCCGUUCCGGUCACCAACGCCACAACCUUUGCCGCAACCGCCGCUUUUGGGAUCCUUUUAGGGGAAGAAACUCAAAUCGGACUUGCUUUGUUAGGUACGAGCUUUAUUGUAUUUGGAAUUUGGCUUUGUGUUCUGUGAAAUUGGAAUUUUGUAAAACCGUGACACUGUUUCUGCGAGAUCUAUUUUGCCAUUAUUGUUCUAUACUA